AUGUCCGCGCAAUCCCCCAAGCGCUCCAGGCAGCCGAUGCAGCCCAACCAGGCCCCAGCCUCACAAACCCACGCUGACCAAGGCCCCGCCAAACGCAAGGCAAUGGAACAACCUCAAGACGACCGGCGCCCAGCACGACCCGGUACUCUUCCCUUCAUGUGGAACCUACCUACCACACCUUCUCUCCCCAUCUUCAACGCCGACUCUACUCCCGUCAUGUCUGAUGACGAGUAUGAACACGAACUUGAGCUCGAGAACGACGAGAUGAUAGAUGAACUUCAGGAGGUCGAGGAGCAGCUGCAUGAAGCAAAGAAGAAGAUUGCCGCCCUUGAGAAACGUUUGAGGACCUACCAAGUCAUUGUUCUCCCGAUGGACUACAAGACCGUUACAGAAACUGCCGAGGAGUCUAGAAACGAAAAGAGUACAGCUGAGCGUGAGGCGGAGGCUCUCAGGGCCAUGUACGAAGAGGACAACCACAAAAAUGACGAUGAGGACAAGAUUGAGGUCUUCCGUACGGUCUUUAAGGAUAUCGAAUGGGCAGUGGAGGAACAUCACAGACUCGUGGAUCAAGCCCUUGAGGAAAUUGAGAGCGGGCGCACUGGACCGGCGGGCAGAUCUGCUGGCUACAAGCCAGGGCAACUUCACCUGUAUAUAUUGGACAAGUCUCAAUUCACCCUUGGCGUCGAUGUUAGUGGGCUGAAGGACCUCUUUGAAGAGAUUGUGGAGGAGUUCCAGAACCUGCGUGUUGAACUUGAUCAGACCAAAGAGAAGUUGCGCGAGGCGGAGAAUAGGAUUGCUGAGCUAGCGAUCGACAACCAAACCAUACAGGAAGAUCUAAAAAACGUCAGAGAGCUUCUCGGCGUGGCCAGGGAUGACAAAAUUUCUGCCAAGAUCCAGCUGAGGGUUUACGAGGACUCAGUGAGGUGCCUCGAGGCUACUUUGAGAGGCAUGGAUUCUGCUUUGCGAAAAAUGGGCACGGCUUUGAACGGAUCCAUUCCCAGAUCAAAGAUCGCGAACUACAGAUCCAUUCUCGACAAGAUUCACCAAUGCCACAUGGAGAACACACUUGCUGUCAGUUCUAUUCUCACUUAUGACAGAGAGAGGCGCAACAAUCCUAGAAUCAACGAGCAGGUUAACAAACUAAAUGAAGCGACUUGUGAUAUUACUUCCCACUUCAACGCCCUAUAUGACGCUCUUGAGUCCAAUCUUGCGGAGAGCAGCAUCUCCAACAUUUAG